CUGGUCAUCUCAAAGCCCAGCCUUACGGUGACGAUUUUGUUAUCACUAAAAAAGAAUGCGUUGGACACGUGCAAAAAAGAAUGGGGACCCGUUUGCGUGAGUUAGUAAAGAAAACAACUGAGGAAAAAAUAGUAAAAGGUAAAAAAACACAAAAAAAAAUUCUUUCUGGCAAAGGUAAACUGACCAGUAAACUAAUAGACAAAUUAACUGUGUACUAUGGUUUGGCGAUAAGGAGAAACUGUGAAUCAGUAGAAAAAAUGAAAGAGGCUAUAUGGGCUACCUAUUAUCACUAUAGCUCUACAGAUACAAAACCUCAGCACGAUAACUGCCCAAAAGGUCCAGACUCUUGGUGCGCUUGGCAACGAGCAUCAGCUACAAAUACUCUUUCAUCAUUUAAACAUGAGUAUACUCCAUUACCAGAUGAAGUUUUGAUUGCUAUGAAACCAAUAUAUGAUGAUCUCAGUAAGGAUGAGCUUCUUGAACGGUGUGUUGGUGGUUUCACACAAAAUAACAACGAGAGCUUCAACCAGUUGAUCUGGAAAAUUACUCCAAAAAUACUUCCUGCUGGUUCAAAGAUUGUUAAUAUUGCGGCAUUGGUCGCUGCUUGUAUCUUCAAUGAAGGAACAUCAGCUUUAUUAUUGAUUAUGCACGGUAUGGAUUUAAAAUUAGGCCGAAACUCCCAUGAAUAUGCCCGAAUUUUGGAUGAAAACCGUGUAUGCGCAGCCGAAAAAAAAUCUGCGAGCGAGACUCGCGAAGCCAGAAUCCGUCAUCGACAGGAGCAAAAGGAUGCCCUGGACAUUGCAACUGCUGCAGGAUCUUUACUUUAUGGCCCAGGAAUCGACGAUUCACUAUGAUUUUGUCAGGAGUUAUGCUGACAACGCAGACGCACCUUUUUUCCGAGGGGUCACCGGAAAUGACGUCACAAUGGAGGAGUUUUAAUUUUUUUUUUUUUGAAAAUUUUAGAAAUUAUUCUUUAAAUAUGUAUCUAUAAGACAGAAA